AUGCCUCUGAGGCCCGUCUUCGCCCUCCUCAUCAUCUCCAAAGCCGGCUCGCUCAUCUACCACCGCACCUUCCCGACCACGACCCCGGGCACCAGCGCCGGCAGCCUCGCGGGCCAGAGUCAAGCCCAGACGGUGGGCACGCUGGGACUACCAGGCACCUCGACGCUCACCACGAACGACUACCUCGUCCUGGCCGGCACAUUCCACGGCGUGCACGCAAUCACGCGCUCCCUCACCCCCAAGCUCCCCGUGACGUCCUCCUCGGGCACCGCACCGUCAGGGAGGAACUGGACGUACCCAGACCCGACCGUGCCGCCCUCGGGCAUCGAGUCCCUCGAAUCCUCAUUCUUCCGCCUCACGGUCUUCCAGACGCUGAGCGGGACAAAGUUUCUCCUCUUCACCGACCCGAGCAUGCCCAACACGGACGUUCUCAUGAAGGGCAUCUACGAGCGGUACGCCGACUACGAGUUUGGGACAAUGGUUGACGAGGCGAUGAGCGAUUUCACAUAUACUUCAGCACACGUGCAAGCAGAAGCCGCACAACGAACGUUCAAGAGAUGA